CUCUCUUUCUCUUUAUCUUUCUCUUUCUCUGUCAUACACAUACAUAGAUCACCUCUACUCUCUGUUCUCUCUCUCUCUCUCUCUCUCUCUCUUCCCAAAAAGAGAUAUCUCAACCCAUCACGAGCGCACAAGUAUACAGAUAGAAAGAACAACAGGAACCAGAAGAAGCAGCACUGAAGCAGGAGCAACAGGGGAUAUGAAAAGAAAAGAGAAUCAUGAUCAGAUGUAGUUCUGAACCUUAAGCUAUAGAAAGGAAGGGAUCAGAAGAGGACAGGGGGGAGGGAGGAAAGGGAAGAAGGAAAGCAUGGAGGAAGCACUCAAGUCCCUCUCCCUGGACUACCUCAACCUGCUCAUCAAUGGCCAGGCCUUCAGCGACGUGACCUUCAGCGUCGAGGGCCGCCUCGUCCACGCCCACCGCUGCAUCCUGGCCGCCCGCAGCCUCUUCUUCCGUAGGUUCUUCUGCGGCACUGAGCCGCCACCGCCGGGCCUGCUGUCGUCGCCGAGGGGCGGAGCGGCGUCCCCAGGGGCCACCGGUGCCGGCGUCGUCAUCCCCGUGAACUCGAUCAGCUACGAGGUGUUCCUGCUGAUGCUGCAGUUCCUGUACAGCGGGCAGGUGUCCGUGAUGCCGCAGAAGCACGAGCCCCGCCCUAAUUGCGGCGAGCGCGGUUGCUGGCACACCCACUGCACCGCCGCCGUCGACCUCGCCCUCGACACCCUGGCCGCCGCCCGCUCUUUCGGCGUCAAGCAGCUCGAGCAGAUCACCGAGAAGCAAUUGGCUAGCGUGGUGGAGAAGGCAUCGAUCGAGGACGUGAUGAAGGUCCUGAUGGCUUCGCGGCAGCAAGACAUGCAGCAGCUCUGGGCCACCUGCUCGCACCUGGUCGCCAAGUCGGGCCUCCCGGCGGAGGUGCUGGCGAAGCACCUCCCCAUCGACGUGGUCGCUAGGAUCGAAGAGCUCCGCCUCAAGUCCUCCCUCGUCCGUCGGUCCUCCUUCGUCGGUCACCACCCCCACCAGAUCGAUGUCGGCGGCCCCGCUGCGGACCUCGAGGACCACCACCACAAGAUCCGCCGCAUGCGCCGCGCCCUCGACUCCUCCGACGUGGAGCUCGUCAAGCUGAUGGUCAUGGGGGAGGGGCUGAACCUCGACGAUGCGUUUGCCCUCCACUACGCCGUCGAGAACUGCAGCCGCGAGGUCGUCAAGGCACUUCUCGAGCUCGGCGCCGCCGACGUCAAUUGCCCGGCUGGUCCAACGGGCAAGACACCGCUCCACAUCGCCGCCGAGAUGGUCUGCCCCGACAUGGUCGCCGUCCUGCUCGACCACCACGCCGACCCCAACGUUCGCACCGUCGACGGCGUCACCCCGCUCGACAUCCUCCGCACCCUCACCUCCGACUUCCUCUUCAAGGGUGCAGUGCCAGGCCUGUCGCACAUCGAACCCAACAAGCUCCGCCUGUGUCUCGAGUUAGUCCAGUCCGCGGCAUUGGUCAUGUCCCGUGAGGAGGCCAACUGUGGAGGGGGCACCGGCGGUGCCGGAAACAGCCCGAGCUCGGUCAUCUACCCACGGAUGAACCCGGAAAUCGGCGCUUGCAACACGAACAGCUCAAGCUCCAGCAUGGUCAACCUCAGCCUGGAUUCAAGAAUGGUGUAUCUGAAUCUUGGGAUGGCGGCACAAUUCGGAACCAAGAUGAACGAUGGCGGCGGAGACGAAAGCGGCAGCGGUAGGCCUCGAGGUGGUGGCAUUGGCCCAUCCUCCAUGUAUCCUUCUCAUGCCUUCCCAUGACCAACUCCGCAAGAUCCGAGGACCACCAAUCCAUAGCACAAUAGUCACAUCAUUCUAUAAUCCGAUGAAUUCACAGGGGGAAUGGGGAACUGUUGUAUCUUUAAUCCAAAGGUUUUGUUAUUGGAGGAACAGGGAGAAGGGGCAUGUGCAGCUGCAUCCAGACAUGGCAAGGAAGGGCUCCUCAUAAUUUUAUA